UAUCCUGCCCCAUGAAAGGCUGCUUUGGCCAAGUGGGGUAUUUCCAGCUUUGUGGUUUUCACUUCCACAUCUACCAGGUGGGCGGAGUGUCCUCCUGUGGACAAAUCAGAUUCCUCCCCAGCACCAACUUCAAGAAGUAAGCCAGGGGUUUAGGGUCCCAGUUGCCCAGGCAGCAGCAGCAGCAGCAGCAAGAGCCACAGGGAGGACCAGAGGCCAGAGCCAUGGAAGACCAGCGUGACCUCAUCUCCAACCACGAGCAAACACCCAUACUGAGCCAGCGGCCCAGAGCCCAGGAGAGGCAGUGCAGCCGUGGAGCCCUGUACACAGGCCUUUCUGUCCUGGUGGCUCUGCUUCUGGCUGGCCAGGCCACCACUGCCUACUUCCUGUACCAGCAGCAGGGCCGGCUGGACAAGCUGACAGUCACCUCGCAGAAUCUGCAGCUGGAAAGCCUGCGCAUGAAGCUCCCCAAGUCUCCUAAGCCUAUGAGCAAGAUGCGUAUGGCCACCCCUUUGAUGAUGCAGGCGCUGCCCAUGGAAGGCCUGGCCCAGGGGUCCAUCCAGAAUGCUACCAAAUAUGGCAACAUGACGCAGGACCACGUGAUGCACCUGCUCCUGAAGGCUGACCCCCUGAAGGUGUACCCCCAGAUGAAGGGGAGCUUCCCAGAGAACCUGAAACACCUCAAGAGCACCAUGGAGAGUCUGGACUGGAAGGUCUUUGAGAGCUGGAUGCACCAGUGGCUCUUGUUUGAAAUGAGCAAGAACUCUGUGGAGGAAAAGCCCACUGAGGCUCCACCAAAAGUAUUGACCAAGUGCCAGGAAGAGGUCAGCCGCGUCCCUGCCAUCCACCCAGGCACAUUCCGUCCCAAGUGCGAUGAGAACGGCAACUAUAUGCCGCUCCAGUGCCAUGGGAGCAUUGGCUACUGCUGGUGUGUCUUCCCCAACGGCACCGAGGUCCCCCACACCAGGAGCCGUGGGCAGCAUAACUGCAGUGAGCCUCAGGAUUUGGAGGACCCGUCUUCUGGGCUGGGCUUUACCAAGCAGGAGCCAGGCAUAGUCAUCAUGUGAGAACGGGGGUAGCCUGCAGCACCCAGCCAGCCCGGCAUGGCCACCGCUUUCCUACCACUCUGCUCCCCAAACCCAGCCCCUCUCCUACCUCCUACCCUGCACCCCAUUCCACGAGACUCUGAUGCCUGGCUCUUCAGUCUUCUUUGGACAUGACAAAUCAAGUCAGAACAGCACAGCACCUGUCAACUGGGAGGCAAUCCCUGACGUGGACCAAAAACUAGGUGGAGCCCCAUUUCUGAUAUCACAGCAGCCUCCCACAUGGGGCUCUGAGAUCCAGGCCCUUGAAUGAGGUGGAAAGGCACAGGGAGGACAACCCUAUCCGCAGCCCCAAUUUGGAUACAUUUGCUGCUCAUCUCUCCCCUCCGGCCUCGGCUUUUCCAAGCCUACUUAGCUGGGGGAUGAGCCAUCCUUUCCCCUCUCCCCAGCAAGAACUCAGCGUCUAUCCACGACCCUCCUCUCUGCUAAUCCUAGUGCCUUCUGCUCAGCCAAGCUUGUCAUCGCCCUCAGGGCCACCACUCAUGUAAGAAUAAAAGGUAGUAAGUAGAACACUCUA